CUACAGCCCUUCACAGCUUCAAUCCAACAAGCAUCUCUCGAACAUCUCCGUAAGCUUAGUCAAGAUUAGUUUCUGUACAAUGGCACCCGAUAACAAUCCGUUCUCCAUGUCCACCAUGUCCAAUGCUUUACAACGUAUUCGAGUCUCUGGUUCCAUUCCCCCUCCGGGAUUCGCCCCACGCGCCUCCUCCGACGUAUCAGAUACGCGCUUCAAACGGCUCUUUAACCUAAUGACUAGCUGCGAAGACGUGGGACAGUUUAAGGAUCUGAUCUCAACGUUUGACCAAAGUGAGCUUCAGAGGAUGGCGUCGAUGCUGACGUCAGACUCCGACUACUUCAUGGGGGUCAUCAGAAACAAGUACGGGUCGAGACGCGUGCAGAGGCUCCUCGGAAUAUCGGAUGACGUGGACUCGUUAUUCUGCGAUGCUAUCUUGCAACGCUUCUUCGACAUCAUGACAGACAAGUUCGCAUCCUACGUGGCGACUCGAGCUGUGGUCGUUUUCGACCGGGUGAAGAAACAUGUAAUGUACAAGAACGUUCUCUACUACGCGCUCGACAUAGCGCGUAGCCAACACGGCUGCGUCGCGCUCAACGAGGUCGUAACCGACGCGGAUGAUCCCCUCUUCAGGAACCGGCUACUAGACGUAGUCGCGCGCAACGCUCUCUUCCUAAGCAACGAUCCUUGGGGGAACUUUGUGGUGCAACACGUGCUUAAACUGCAUGACUUGCGUUGCAAGCGCAACGUGGCGGUUAUUCUUCGUGGGCAUUGUGUUGAUCUGUCGUUUAAGAAGUAUGGAAGCUACAUCGUGGAGAAGCUCUUGGAGGCUGAGGUGUCGAUGGUUAUGGUGGCUGUGGAGCUUUUGAAGUGCGAUGGAGAUAGGUUGAUGAGGCUGGCGAGGAGUGAGUUUGGGAAUUUCGUGGUGCUCACGGCACUGAGAGUCACGCAGGAGAUGAACAGGAUGGAUUUGUUUUCGGACUUGGUGCAGAAGCUGAUGCCCCAUCGCCAUCUUUUGCUUGGGUCUCACGGAAAUAAUAUUGCAAACUUAUUGGAGACAAGAAGAUGCUCAAAUUAAAAGUUCUCGAAUGUUGUAUGGUUGAUUGGUGAAUUCUGGUUUAAAGUAGAUUGUCAUUGAUUUUUUUUUGUACAAGGAUCCUGGUUUAAUUCAAAC